GUCAACUCCUUACGGUAAUACGUCCAGUUGUUCACUGACAGAAGCAGAGACUGCAAGUUUCACUCAUGGGCUUUUUCGACGUCUUUCGUGAGAAUGGAGGACCUACUCAGUACGGACCUCAGUAUACGCCUGUAACCGAAGACGUGCUUGUAGUCGGGCUCCUUGUUGGCUUCGGUAUCGUUCUUUUCUCUGCUAUCAUAGUUCUUCCUGGGAUUAGAGGAAAGGAGAGUUUAUUUGCUGUUGUCAAGGUCUUAGCAACCGUCUUUUUCGGUGCAGUCAUUUUAGUGUCCAACUAUGGCUAUGGAUGGCAGAGUGGCAGCGUUCACACAAAAACCUUCUACAAAGUUCGAAACCCUUCAGUACAAAAGCAUGAAAUUGAUGCAGAUAUUGGUUUACACGUUGGUCUUAGAGGAAUCAAUGUAACUUUGAAAGGGACACCUAUUUUCCAAUGGAAUGAAGUUAUCAACUACAAUGAGCGUUUUAGUUGGGAGUGGAACCAGGGUAGACUGGGGUUUGGCCCAUAUGCUGGAAGGAUCAGCAGAGAAUUUCGAGCUGGUCAGUACAGAGGCCUGCCAUUACCUAUCCUAGCUAUUGUGGAGUAUUUCACUCUGGAUGGUGAGAAGAUUCGCUGGGGACGAUGUUACAGAGAGGCUGGCUAUUAUACGCACAUCAUGCUGUGGACUGCCGUCCCACUGUAUGUGCUGUCUCUUCUUUUCUUUAAGCUUGUAUUGUCUGUUGGAGCAUUGUUUUUGGCUCUAACUGGGUGCUGUCUGCUUCUCUCCAACAUUCUCUUCUCCACUCUUAUCGCAAAUGCCACACCAGCACUUCAAAUUCCUUUUGAUGAUAAUCAAGUUUUAAAAUUACAAUAUGGAUGGAGCUACUUUUUAGUCAUGGUCACCGGGAUUUUAUGCAUACUGCAAGCAGCCGUCGUCAUUUUCAUGGAUUAUCGAUUUCCAAGGCAACUUGCUAAGUUCUUCAGUACAAGUGUUCAAGAUAAUGAAUGCCCUGAUGAAACAGAUAUUGAUGAGAGUAAUGAAGUGGCUGCUGUAGGCUCAAACAGUGGACAUCAUGUUGUACAAAUGGGCAACUCUCCCACUGAACCUCCAGCUAAUCAACUAUCAAAGCGACGAUUUACCUCUCCCAGUGUCCGUCCUAGCCUUCGUGCUCUCAGACGACUGCCCAGCUCAGACACAAACCCAACAACAAAUUACCUUCGACCAGGCUAUGUGAACAUUACACUUGAUGAGAAUGGAAUGAUCAAAGCAGAAACUCCAACGUCACACAGACCGCUAAGAAGACAGCCAACAGCAAAUGCAAAUUUAUCAGUACCACUAUCAACGAGGAAAUUAAGUGAUGUAGGUGAAGAACAAGAGACUAACCAAGAAACAGUUGAGAGCAGCUUGCAGCUAGAACAACAACCCUGAAGGAAAAUCUAUUUGACUUAUAUUUAUGUCUAACACAUAUUGUGUAGUAACACAUGACUCAAGUUGAUAGUAGCCACAGGACAGCAACAGCAAUAAAUACUAGAACUUAUAGAUAGUUUGCAUGACAUCUUACAUUGUAUACUCAGAACAUGUCUUUUACAGUACGUUCUAACACUACACACAAUUUAUAAACUAUGUAUUGUUUUCAUUUCCGAGUUGGAUAAACAAGCAAAGGGCUUCCUUUCAAACUAGAUGAAA